AUGGUCAAACUCAUCGAUAAUCGUGGAAAAAUCGUGUUAGCCCGUGCACUUUUAGAUUCGUGUUCGACCGUGAAUUUAAUCACCCAACGUUUUGCGCAAUCCCUUCGGUUAAACACCAUUAGCUGUUCAGUUAACAUCGGCGCGGUGGAUGGCUUGUGCACCAUUGCAGAAAGAUACGGUCAAUUAGAAAUACGGUCGAAUCACAAUGAUUUUACGCAACGGUUGAAUUUUCUGAUAGUACCUCAAAUCGCAGAGAGGAAUCCCCGCGAAAUGUUUCCCCGACAACUAUUCGAUAUCCCCAAAAAUCUUAAGCUAGCCGACCCUCAGUUUCAUCUGCCCAAAGCGGUCGAUCUGUUAAUCGCGUCGAAUACAAUGUUGUCAGUGCUCUCGGGAGGGCAAAUUAAACUCCGUCAUAAAGACUCUAGCAUCAUGAUUCAAAAAACCCGAUUGGGAUGGAUCUUCGCCGGAGGAUCCGAAAUCGUAACGUCGUCCACUAACUCGCCGUUUCGAUCUCGCGAUGAGAUUUCGUGCGAGCAACAUUAUUUGACGCACACCAAACCGGAUGUCACUGGUCGCUACAUAGUUCGUCUCCCAUUCAGAGAUUCCAAAUUCAGUCUGGGAGAAUCUCGCAUACAGGCCCUCAAACGGUUUCAGGCGCUAGGGCGAAAACUCUCAGCUAAGGUUUCACUGAGACUGGAAUACACCAGAGUGAUGGAGGAGUACAUUUCUCUCGGUCAUAUGACUCUGUGUGACGAGAUCAAAGGGGGAUGUUAUCUUCCUCACCAUGCUGUCAUCAAGGAGUCGAGUGAGACCACCAAAGUUCAAGUCGUGUUCGACGCCUCCGCGAAGACUUCUACGGGCAUUUCCCUCAACGACACUCUUCUUGUCGGGCCCACGAUCCAAAAUACCAUCUUUGAGCAAGUCCUUCGAUUUCGCGUUCAUCGGUAUGUCAUUACGGCUGACAUUGAGAAAAUGUACCGUCAGAUUCUCGUCCAUCCGGAAGAUCGUCAAUUUCAGAAGGUUUUAUGGACCCAUCACGGCCAACUUCGAACAUUUCAGCUAAAUACUGUCACUUUCGGGACAGCCUCGGCCCCCUUUCUCGCGGUUCGUACCAUGCAACAGCUUGCUCGGGACGAAGCAGAGCAUUUCCCACGCGCUAGCAAACUCUUACUUCGCGAUUUUUACGUCGAUGAUUUUAUCUCCGGUGCAGAUUCUCUCGACGAACUCCUAACCAUCCGGGAUGAGAUGAUAGCAUUGUUAGCUCGCGGCGGUUUCAAAAUUCGUCAAUGGGCAUCCAACCACAGCGCGGUGCUCAAUUCCAUAGAUAAAAAAUUCUUCUACCUGGAUUGUCUGUGCAGAACUGACCCAAUUAAAAAAACUCUAGGUAUCAUCUGGGACGCCGAAAGCGACGGCCUUCGAUACACCAUUGCCCAAGUGAACCCGAAUGUUUCCGCAACCAAACGGAAACUCCUCUCUAAGCUAUCCAAAAUUUUCGACCCAUUGGGUUUAUUAGGUCCCAUAACUCUUCUCGCGAAGACCCUCAUCCAGGAUUAUUGGAAAGCAAAAAUCACAUGGGAUGAGUCGCUUCCUCAAGAUAUCCAUUCCAAAUGGAUAUCAUUAGCAUCUCAGCUUCCACGCUUACAAGACGUGGUCUCGCGUCAGAUUCUGAUUCCGAACGCUGUAAGCAUCGAACUUCAUGGAUUUUGUGAUGCGUCCAUCAACGGCUACGGAGCCUGUCUGUAUAUUAAGUCUCAGAACUCUCAGGGCACUGUCGCGAUUAGAUUGAUCUGCAGUAAAUCUCGAGUAGCCCCUCUGAAGGGAGUCACAAUUCCGCGUUUAGAACUUUGCGCAGCCUCCGUUCUCAAAAGGCUAUAUGUCGAGACUAGGGCUCAAAUAGAAUUUUCGAUCAAUCCGGUAUACUUAUGGUCGGAUUCCACCAUCGUGCUGUGUUGGUUAAAGAAGGCCCCUCAUCUUCUGCGUACCUUUGAAGAGAACCGCGUCGCAGAUAUUCAAACUUUAGGAGAUGAGGUUAUCUGGAAGCACAUCCGAUCCGAGGAUAAUCCCGCUGAUACCCUAUCCAGAGGACAGAUGCCUUUAGAAUUUCUAAAAAAUACACUCUGGACUACCGGGCCCGAAUGGCUAGUCCAUAAUCCAACACAAUGGCCAAAUUCAAUUAUACCUUCAAACCUUCAAGUUCCGGCAUUAAAGAAAGGCAUUUGCCUCCUGGCUGAGGCAUCUCCAGAAGUGAUAUACGCGCGAUUUUCCAAUUUUGAACGGCUUACACGGGUUAUUGCGCGUAUCCUCCGAUGGAAAAAAUCGGAAAUUCCGCGUUCGAGCUCCCUUUAA